UCCUCUGGUGAAAUCAGCUGGCUGAGUAAUUAACUAUAUCUUUGGGGUUGUUACAUCCUCUGUCGUGUCUGUCAUGUGUUCCCGCCUCUUGUUUCCAUAUUUGGUCUUGUUCCUGUCCUUGUUACGUGUGUGAUUAUUAGUUAAGUCUUGUCCAGCCGUGUUUCAGUAAUUAUCAGUGAUUGUCAUGUGUAUUUAGUUCCUGCCUGUUUAGUUAGUGUUUGUCUGGUCUACUCGUUAUUCCCCGGUGUUCCUGUCUGUCUCAGCCUUGCCUUGUCUUGCCCUGCCCUGUCCUGCCCUGUCCUGAUGUCCUCAUUAAAGACUGUUAUUUUGAAGUUUAUCCUCGUCUCCGUGUUCCUCGUUCCUCCCUGCUGUGAUUAUGAAGCUGCAGACUCAGAGCCUGCUGCAUCCACAGUCCCGCACCUAGAGUCCCGCAUUUUCAGACCCCUCGUUUUUCGAGACAGCGCCUCCUAUCAAAUUGGAUCGGAAAAACACAUGGAUAAACACGUGAAUAACCGAAACAUGGAUAUAACAAUUCAAACGGGGAAAUCACUUCCAGAAUUACAGAAAUGUAAUAAAUGCUGCAGUGAUUUUCACUGCCCGUUCUGUGCCCCGAUAUAUUUCAAACCGACAAAGUUGUCCAAAGUUCAGAAACAUGUUAAAGGACACUUCAACAGAGCAGUGCAACAUGAAGGUAACAUUAGCAAACAUCAUUUUUUUUUUGGCUUUUUGAAACAUCAUAAGACUGUGUGUGACAGUGCAAUUGUAUGCUGUUGUAUUCCAGGGUACACCAUACAUCGAUGCGGUCGCCCCUGCCGAACCCAGCAACAUUACCAUUGCUUGUACUGCGAGUCCACAAUUUUAAGGAAGCCAGAUUUUAUCACACAUUUAGGAUCCUGCAAAUACAAGCAUGCUAAGAGAGCAAGUGCCACUGAUGCCUGUAACGGCACACCCACUGCUGAAGUUGAGGAAUUUGACCGGGUGAUUGCAAAAAGAAUGAGAAAAGAAGCAACAUUUGCCUACCAGAAACAAGAUGACAGUGAUUAAGGCGAUCGUUAAAUAAAGU